AGAGUGGUAGAAGGAAGAUAAUGAUGUUCAUCAUUGUCUAAGAAACCCACAAAACUCCCAAUUUCAUAAGCUAAGCUCUUUCAUUUACUCUCCAACCACCCGACAAACCAUAACACUCGAGGCUUCUCUCUCAGGGUAUUUGAUGAAUAUGGCAUUGUCGUUGUCCUCUGCCGUCGGCAAGCAAGUUCAACCACUGGUGGGGAAUUUUCAGGGGAGUUUCAGUAUGGAGCAGUUUUUCCGGCGGAAAGAGAAGGUGGUUAUUGUAAUGGGAGCCACCGGAACGGGAAAAUCUCGGUUGGCAAUUGACUUAGCCACUCGAUUUCCGGCGGAAAUUGUGAACUCCGACAAGAUUCAAGCGUACGAAGGGUUGGAUGUUGUGACAAACAAAGUCACCGAUGAAGAACGCCGGGGAGUUUCUCACCAUUUGUUGGGCUCAAUUGACCCGAAUUCAAAUUUCUCUUCUCAUGAUUUUACAUAUCAUGCCUCUGUUGCUAUUGAAUCCAUUUUGGCUCGUGAUCGUCUCCCGAUUGUCGCCGGUGGCUCCAAUUCUUACAUUGAAGCUCUGGUUGAUGAUUGGGCAGAGUCUCGAUUUCGAUAUGAGUUUUGUUUUUUGUGGGUCGAUGUGUCCUUGCCGAUUCUUCAAAAGUUUGUUUCCAACCGUGUUGAUCGGAUGGUCGACGGUGGAUUCGUCAGUGAAGUUAGGGAAUUUUUUGAUCCAGAAGGGGAUUAUUCUCGUGGAAUUAAACGAGCUAUCGGAGUACCGGAAUUACACGACUAUUUGAGAGCAGAACGCGACGAAGCUGAUGAAAGAACUUUGACAAUUCUUCUUGAAUUAGCCAUUUCCAAGAUUAAAGACAAUACAUGCCAAUUGGCCCUCCGGCAACUACAGAAGAUUCGCCGCCUUCGUAAUAAACGGAAUUGGAAUCUCCGGCGACUUGAUGCCACCGGAGCGUUUUUGACCGACGGUGGGAACGCCAAUGACGCAUGGGAUAAAUUCGUUCUUCAACCGAGCUUGAGGAUCGUUGACCAAUUCCUCUCCGACGAUGGCCGCCUUAUCACCACUCCCAUUGUCUCGCCGGAGGCGGCCCCUCUCGUCGCCGCCGUCAGUCGUUGAAAGUAAGAAAAAAAGUCAACCCCACAGAAUCAACGCGGUUUGCGCCGCUCAGCAUGCCACGUGGCAAGCUUAUGAUUUUACGUUUUUUU